CCAAAGUCUGAUCUGCGCUGAUGAAAAAGUUUUCACGACGUAAACAGCAGUGAGCAACAAGACAUGUCUUUGGCACUUACAAGAGAAAGGGGGAAGCAUGACCAAAGUCUUUCAGGUCUCCAGAUGUUUUACAUGCAGAUAGAUCAACUAAAAGGAGGAGCAGAAGCCACUGUUCUCAUUUGAGACAAGCCUUGUGAUAUUUGAGAAGCCAGAGGCUGCUGCUUGAGUCUUACAAAAGAGCCGUCACGUGUUGGAGGUGAAUCAUCAGCAGAAUCUUCUACCAGUGAGGCAACAGGUUAUUAUGAGAUGGAUUUCCCUGUGGAGGCGACUGUGCAUUUGAAUACUUUUCCUAAAAAAGUAAAGGUGAGAGAAAUCCUCUGUGCCCAUGACUUGGAGUUGAAAGAACUGAGCCACGAUCAGGUGCGCGUGAAGGGGUCAUUUAUGGAACUUAAAGCAGCAAAGGCUUCUUUGGAGCAACUUCUUACCCUAGAAUCUAAGAUUGGCAUUGCUCCAUCUUUAUCCUCUCCGGUUUCAUCUGGAGCUAUUCCCAAACAGUAUGGCAGCACAAGAGGCCGAUCUGGAUCCCGGAACAAGCCUCCACAUGCCUCUCCAUCUUCACCCUCACCUUUGACAUCUGGAUCCCUCAGAAAUCAUCACGUCUCUCCAGAACAGAGAGAUUCAUUUCCUCCUAGACCAGGCCGAGGCAGUUCAUUCAGGCCUGGAACAGAGUCUUUCCUCGUUGAUGCAGAUGUGUUUCUGUACGCAGACAAGCUCAGAAGGAAUGACAUUGGCAGCAUCCUGAUGAGCUAUAAUGUCAAAAUGCAGAAAUGUGAAGUUACUGAAGACAACGUCAGCAUCACUUUAAUAGGAAAGAAUGCAAAGACAGCUGCAGGUCCUCUCCAGAGGCUUCUGGAUGAUCUCAGAGAAUGUCUUCGCUCACAAGAAGUUCCUCUGAAGGACAUGGAUAAUGAAGGAUGGACUCUUUUAGAGAUCAUUAAAAAACACAAUAACAUCUAUAAUUCAGUGCUGGUGUGCCAGAAAACUGAAAGACUCCACCUCAUUGGAUCGUCUGUUCAGAGCUAUGAGCUAAAGCAAAGGCUGUUGGGAAAACCAGUCCAACAAUCCAGGCGCACUGGAAGAACACUGGAUAAAAACACUGAAAGGAGGAGCCGCUCUUUACCGCCGAUGAAUCGAAGGAACACAGAAGGAGAUAGGGCUGCUAAUCCGUCUCCUGGGGGUGCUAACCCCUACUCUCCCUUAAAAUACCAGGAUGACAAACCAAAACAGGCGCAGCCUGAGCAGGCAGCUCUUGCUUGUGAAGGCAGAAGUUUUAGGAGAAGAAGCCAGUCUGAGUCCCGCAAAAAACCUCAGACAGAAAGGGCUAACGGCUACCAGCAAGACACAGAAAACAAACCUUCUCCUACUAAAGCACCAAAGGGAUUAAAGCAACUAUUAAACUUUAAGACGGGAGAUAUAAAGCUAACGCUUAAUAAAAGUAGCAAGAGGAAAAAAUGACCAAAACUCCCACAUCUGACAGCAAUAAAACCUUCUUUCUUGUGUUUUCCUAAUGAUUACUGAAACAGUUUUGUACUAUACUGUAUGAUGAACACAAUAGAAACUUUUUUCACAUGAGCACCAUUUAUUCUGAUAACAGAUGCAUCCUGGGUCUCUCUUAGCCACUAUUGCAGCAGGUUGCAGACUGACAUUAUGACAAAGAAGUUGGGCCUGUCAAGUCUGCAGGUGCACAAAGUACCAGUCACAGUGGGCAAUCAAAAGCACAUAUUAAUGCACUAUUUACACAAUAAAAUAAAGGGUAAUUAUGGCAGGUGGAAUCAUUAAUGCUGGUACAUGAAGUCAAUUAUAAAAUCACAUUGUAGCCAUGCUGACAAACUUUUGGUUUUGUCAAUUUUGGUGGACCAAUCUGUACUGAUUGCACGUGAUGCUUUUCAAUAGUAAAUUUAUCAGUGAUGCUGGUCAAUUUUGCCCCUUUUUAGGAGAGCCCUGUCUUUGUCAGUGGUGUACUGGUGCCUGUAGAAGAAGGUAUAGGCCCCAUAUUUUGUAAGUGACCCAUCGUAUAAAGGAUAAUCCGCCUGUGUUAGACUGCUUUUGCACAUUUUAAAUACUCAAAAAUAUAUCCUAUGUAUUUGUAUUUUGACCAGCAACUUUAGUUGCUUGAUUUCAGGAUUAUUCUGAGAUAAUGAUGAAGGAAGCAAACUGCUAGAAAUGAGCACUGCCUGCUCCGUUUGUGCCACUAGAUGUCACAGAGUACCAACCCAACCCUAACUCUUGGUUUGGCUUGUGCUGAUAUUCUUACUUAACCAAAUAACAAAGGCAGUGAUUAGCACUAAGCAGUUAGGGUCCAAGUAAAGUAGGACAUGCUUUUGCCAUCCUAGGGGGAAAAAGUGCAACAUACCACUGAAUGGUGAGUAUAAGAGUGGAUUUAGAAGUUGAAAAUAAGCAGGGUUGGAAAGUAUUUAUGUUUACUCAGAUAACUGAGUAGCUUUUUUUUUUUUUCUUUUUUUUAAGUUGUACUUUUUAAAGUCAGUCAUUUUAUUUUUCUUCUAACAACACGGAGCUGGCCAGCAGUUUGUCUUUGAUUACAUGUUGCACUUUGCAAGAGAUUAAUUCCACAUUUAAUCCCAAAACAGCUGUUGUACGUUUAAGUACAUCUUAUAAUAACCGACCUGGUUGGAGAUUCAUCUGCUGUUGUUUUUGUGCAUUAAGGAAAGAUCAUAUUUCACUGUUGAAGCUCUUUGGGUAUCAAAAGCAGCCACUCAGUACUUCGAGUAAACUUGAAAUGACUUACUUUUAACUUUCUGAGUUGUAACUGUGCUUUGACUUGGGUACAUUAGUCUUGUACUUCUUCCACCUCUGAAAAUAAGUACACCAUGCACUACACCACUGAUCCAGUGUCUUCCCAUAAGCUAAAAGCUGUACAGCCAUGCAGAUGGAGUUGUUUGCUCCAUGUAAUAUCGCUGAUUUAAAGAAAAUAUGUGUCAAAGAACAGUAUUGGUGUUAUUUAGCACUACACAAGUACACUACACAUGUUCCUGUGCCUGUAAUGAACCAAUGAACUGUCUAUGUCUAUAUUAUCACAGUUAUAAUGGCCUGAUCAUAUUGUGAAUUUUGAUAUAGCUGCAUUCCACAUUUGUUGUAGAACUGAAUGAAACUGGAAAAACUGACAUUGUAACAUUUUCUGACAGUGAUAUAGGAGUAUGUAGUGAUU